CUUUUCGAAUAACCCUUUCCAGACAUGCUUUAUUCGGAGGAAAUUGGGCUCGAGCGGACUGAUCCCAAACGAUGGAGACUCCACAUCACUCCAUUGGGUAGAACCACUUGGGAGUACUUAUCUAAAGAAGACAGUGAAAAAUCCCCCCAAUCCGAAUAUGUGAAGUAUCUCUUGGAAACAGGAGACUUCAACGGCCCCAAGCCCGACCCCACCAUCAACACUCCAUUGGGGAAAAUCAAGAAAGGUGCGGAAUUCUUUCAACUACUCCAAGAUCCAGACAGUGGUAUUUUCCCCAAUCAAUACAAAGGUCCAACCUUUUUGACCAUUGGCUAUCUCAUAGCACAUUACUACGCCAAAAUUGAACUCCCUGAUGGAUACAAGACAGAAUUAAUCCGUUUUAUUGUCAACAACUCGCAUCCUGUCGACGGUGGAUGGGGCCUUCAUACAGAGGAUAAAUCCACCUGUUUCGGCACCACCCUUGGGUAUAUUGCCCUCAGAAUGCUUGGGAUGCCAGCAGAUCAUCCUGUUUGCGUGAAAGCCAGAAAAACCUUGCAUUCCCUUGGUGGUGCUAGAAAAAACCCCCAUUGGGGUAAGAUCUGGUUGGCAGUGUUGAACGUAUACAAAUGGGAAGGUGUGAAUCCUGCCCCUCCGGAAUUAUGGGCCAUGCCUUACGCCUUGCCACUUCAUCCUGGAAGAUGGUGGGUUCAUACUAGAGCUAUCUACUUACCCGUUGGUAUAGUGCAAGCGAACAGAAUUCAAUGCGAAGAGGAUGACUUGAUCAGACAAUUGCGUACUGAAAUCUACUUACCUAACGAAUCAUAUGACACUAUCGACUAUGAGAAUAAUAGAAACAAUGUGUGUGGUGUUGACUUGUACUACCCCCACACCAAAAUCCUUGACGUUGCCAAUUAUUUCAUGAGUAUUUAUGAGAAGCAUAGACCCAAGUGGAUGCUCAACAGAAUGAACAAGUACAGUUACGAUAUACUUGUUAAAGAGUUUGAAAACACAGAAUACUUGACAAUUGCUCCUGUUAGUCAUGCGUUUGCUGUUAUAGCUGCUUGCUUCAUGGAAGGCACUGAAGGAAAAAAUUUCAAAAAGGCGUUUGCUCGUGCCAACGACUCUGUUUUCCAUGGUAAUCAAGGAAUGGUUGUGAUGGGUACGAAUGGUUCACAAACAUGGGAUGCUGCAUUCACAAUCCAGAUUUUCAUUUCCAGUGGUUUGGCAGAAUUGCCCCAGUUCCAAAAAACGGUCGAGAGGGCGUAUCUCUAUUUGGUCAGAAACCAAUUCGAUACUGAAUGUCGUGAGGGAAGCUUUAGAGAAAAGAGAAUAGGUACUUGGGGUUUUAGUACCAAAGAGCAAGGUUAUACGGUCAGUGAUUGUACCUCUGAAGCAUUAAAAUCCAUUAUUAUGGUCAGAGAGCAUCCUGCAUUCUCACACUUGAGAGAUGCUAUAAAGGAUGAAUCUCUUUAUGAUGCUGUUGAAAUUAUUUUGGGUUUACAGAAUGUGGGUAGCUUCGAGUAUGGUUCAUUUGCUAGUUACGAAAAGAUCAAAGCCACAACUCUUCUCGAACAUUUGAACCCAGCUGAGGUCUUCAACAAUAUCAUGGUGGAGUACCCAUACGUUGAAUGCACUGAUUCUAGUGUAUUGGGCCUUACUUAUUUCCAUCAUGCUUAUCCCCACUACAAGCCUGCUAAAAUUGAAAAAACCCUUCAAGAUGCCAUUGACUAUAUACUAGGAGCCCAAGAUGAAGAUGGGUCUUGGUAUGGUAGUUGGGGUGUAUGUUAUACCUAUGCCAUGAUGUUUGCAUUGGAAGCCUUGAAUUCGGUUGAUUUAGACUACCUGAAUUCUAGCGCUGUGCGCAAGGCUUGUGACUUCAUUCUUUCCAAACAAUUACCAGAUGGUGGCUGGUCCGAGUCUAUGAAGGGUUGCGAGACUCAUUCCUAUGUAAAUGCAGAAGCUUCGCAAGCGGUACAGACCUCUUGGUCGCUUAUUGCCCUUUUAAUGGUGGGCUGUCCUGACCAUAAGGCAAUCAAGAGAGGUAUAAAAUUGUUGAUGGAUAAACAGGCGCCUAAUGGUCAAUGGAGCUAUGAGGGUGUUGAAGGUCAAUUUAACCAUAGUUGUGGUAUUGAGUAUCCAAACUAUCGGUACUUGUUCCCUUUGAAGGCGUUGGGUCUUUAUAUCAAGCACUAUGGUGAUGAGCCAAUUGAAAAUUGAUGAAAUGCGAAUAAUACAUUGAGGAUAGCUUUAUGUAGUUGUCUCCUAUACUACUUUACUUUCGAAUAAAAAGAUACAAUCAAGGUUUAGCUGGGUUAUUGUAAGUUGUUUCUUUUUUGCUAAUGGGAAGUAUACUAUAGUCUACGAGCUAGAUAAUCCACUUGGCGCCAAUUGACUAGCUAAAGCUAUUCGGGUAGGACUAUAGACCUAUUGCGAUGGAAAAUAC